AUGUCUUCAAAACAUGUACCAAACAGUCCCCAAGCUUCUCCUCUCAACAAAAGUUCUGAUAUCAGGUGUGUUCAAACUACCAAAGGAUGGGUCUGCGCUCUUUGCUUUCCUCUUGGACAUCCUAGCCGUGCCAUUGAGCGCCUUCUAGACAUUUCUGAGCUCAAGAGUCAUGCAGCUGGUAGCCAUUAUGCUUCUCUUGGAGAACACGAGUGGAAGAACUAUGGUAAUGCAAAUUAAAUCACUUCUCACUAUCAUUUUUGGCUAACCAUCACUAUAGUCAACCAUUCUGUGUACUACGAGGCCCAGUUUAGAGGUCAAAGUAGCCUUGGUUUGAACGAUGGCGUCAUGCAUGGUCCUCCUACCAUUGCUUCCCAAAAGACGAUUGCCAACAAAGCUGGUGUUCUAAAACGCAAGUACCCUAAGAAGGCCAAACCUGUAGUUGAAACUGCUUUCGAUCUCAUGGAAACCAUGAUCAAUUUCGACGGUAAAACAGAUGCCAAAGAUAGGAUCAAAGGUUUUGCUCCUCCUGGUGGCAACCGGGAUGAAGGCAGUGAGAUGAGUGAUGUUGAGUCUGCACCAACUACCCUACAAGCUUACAUUGGCUCCCUCUCCAACCUAUCUACUGCUCAACAUCAACUUUUCAGACAGCCAAUGAAUUCAGCACAUAUUGCAGAACCAUUGAAUUCUUUACAAACCGGCACUGGCCCUUUUUAUAAUCAAUUUGUUGCUCAAAACCAAUUCAGCAUGCAUUCUAUGGAGGUAUCUCAGGUUGACACAACUAAAGCUACUCCUCACACUGGCGAUGGCUCUUACUGUGACACAUCCACUGCUAACUAUGGCAUGCAUCAAGCGGGUGUAUUCCAAGUGGGUGCAUCACCAAUCAACAACCCAUCUACUACUAAUCUCCAUUUCGGCACGGAUUCAAUGGAUAUACCUCAAGCUACCUCGUCACCUAGCAAGCCAUCCCGCAAGAAGGCUGCUUCUUCUAAGAAUCCUCUCCGCCAACGCUUAAGUGAAAAUCCCUCAUUCGAGUCCGCCGUCUCUGUUCAUGGUCUUGCUCGAGUUCAAGCUGCGGGUAACGUGGGUCUUCAGCGGUAUCUUGACAGGCAAGCUCGUGGUCUUCCACGCGCAUCCAACAUUCCACUACCAUUGGCUUCGUCCCCUCCUCGCAAUAGCACUAUGGGUCUUCCUCUUACUGCCGCAAAUUACGCUGCUGCUGGUAUGCCAAAUAUUCAUGUUGAGAAGGCUGUGAGACGUACCAAGAAGGUUGAUCGUCGUCGUCAAGUAUCUCUUUCCCUCAGUAAUAUUGCUGAUGUGGAAGAUAACACAACACCUUAUGCUAACCCUCCUCCAACCCUCAAUGAGUUUGGUGUUCCAACUGCUAUCUUUGGAAAAGCUCCUGGUGCUGUUUACAAAUCUCAUACAUACAAAUCUAUCUAUGCAGAGUCGACUCCUCCUAAGGAACAUCUUCCUUCUGAGGCUUCCUUCUUUGACUUCUCCUUCUCUGAACCAUCAGAGGUUCCUACAAAAAACGAGGUUGUUCAACAGGAUCCUUGGUGUCAAUUAGGCACAAUUGGCACGUUUGACCAUGGUCCAAACACUGAUUUCACGGACUCUUUUGUCUCUGGACUCCUGAACGAAACCUUCGGAGCUUACAGUGGCGAGCACCAGAACAUCACUAAACAUUCCGACCGCAAUACAUCCCGCACUUUGGAACCAGACCAAUUACUCAAUGAUAUGGGUCUUGGUAGAAUUUCCGAAGAUUUCGACUUUAAUGCAUUUAUCGCCGACCCCAAGUACAAUUUUGACGGCGUUUCAACAGUCAGCAAUACAAUCCCACAACAAAGCACCGGUAACUUCAACGAGUCCUUUGCCACCGCCGAUAUUCCAAAGCAAAGCCCCGUCCCACAGCACAAUGCAGCUAAAUCCGAAGACUUUUUCUCCGCUGCUGGAAUUCCGAAGACACAUGACUCUGAACUCCACGCUUUGUUCUGCUUUAGUAAUCCUUCUUCUCCUACAAAUACAAACCAUAACUUCGGAGUUUUCCAUACUACUUCUUUGGAGUAUGGUGCUGCAGGUCUAGAAGCUGUGAGGACUGCUCAAGCUGCUGUUUCUGCUGGCAAGUCUUUAUAUCCACCUCGUUGGACCGCUUCUUCUCCUGCUAUUGUAGAUUCUUCUACUAGCGCUACCCUGGCUUCUUCUCAUUUAGUUGAAGCUUCGUCGGCACAUAAUGAUGCUAUUCAAGUUUCUGAAGAUCUUCCCUUGGCUAUCUCGACCCCUUCGUCUCAUGUUGCCGAGUCUUGGUCUCUGGUUGAAAUUCCUCAGGCUAUUGAGUCCCCUACUGCUGCUGCUGCUGAAUCUGUUGCAGUUUUUGAGUCUCUUCAUGCUGUUGAAUCAGCUGUUCCUAUUCAAGUUCCUACAAUCCCUGCCAUGUCAGCUCCAGAAACAGCUUAUAUGAUCACAGGGCAACAAAAUGUAUUAGCAGCAAUGAGCAAACGACAAGUUUCUGCGAUUAAGAACUUGACAAAUCAGCUUGCUCAGCAAAAUGCCAAGACAGCAGCGACCACUACCACUAAAGAGCCUGCCGUCAAGCAAACUGUCGUCGUCAGAAAGCCUCACAUCAAUACUGAGAAGCUUGUUGUUCCUGCUGAGUUACCCUCAGCUUACUUUACCAACGCCGCAGUGUACCAUAGUAGAAAGGCCAUUGUUGCUACUAAAAACGUCACCAGUGCAACGCGACGAGCUCGUGUUUCUAGACAAGGAGCUAUAUCUUCCGAGCCUGCUCUUACUCCUAGGAAGCGAGCUGCUUCUCCUGAGGAGGAGCCUUCUGGUGAUAGAAAGUGA